GUGCCUACGCUUGGCUAUCACUCAUUCCUUGCGGUAUGGCUUAGCCCAGAAGCGCAGAAUCACAGGGCAAUGAACCCGGAGCGGGGAGGGCGGGGCACGCCCGGCGCGCAUGCGCAGGGAUCCCAGAACCAGAAGCAGCGUGGGGCCGGGCAUGGCGGCGGCGGCCGAGGGUGUCCCAGAGACCCACCGCGAGGAGCCCGUUCGGGAUGAUGCCGCCGUGGAGACCGCUGAGGAAGCAAAGGAGCCCGCUGAGGCUGACAUCACUGAGCUCUGCAGGGACAUGUUCUCCAAGAUGGCAACUUACCUGACUGGGGAACUGACGGCCACCAGUGAAGACUAUAAGCUUCUGGAAAAUAUGAAUAAACUAACCAGCCUGAAGUAUCUUGAAAUGAAAGAUAUUGCUAUAAACAUUAGUAGAAACUUAAAGGACUUAAACCAGAAGUAUGCUGGACUACAGCCUUAUCUGGAUCAGAUCAAUGUAAUUGAGGAGCAGGUAGCAGCUCUUGAGCAGGCAGCCUACAAGUUGGAUGCGUAUUCAAAAAAACUGGAAGCCAAAUACAAGAAGCUGGAGAAGCGAUGAAAAGCUUAUUCCUGUGGGACAAAGUCUUUUUUAAUGUGGCAAGAAUGUUUUAUAAGACCUGAAUCUUGAGGCUGUUGAAUUGUCAAAACUCCUCAAAAGGCAACUAUGCUGGUCAUCCCAGAAACUUCGCAACAUU